AUGGGCGGGCAGUUCUCACCUUUCGACCCUCUGAGAUGCCCGCACUACGCCCAAUUCGCGUCCCGCCUCGAUAGGACCCAUUUCGACGGCAUCUACUGGACGCUCUUCUUCCUGGUGAUCUGUAUCUUGUUCGUGUCGUCGUGGGUAUAUCAAUCGUACGUGAACACCACCACCACCAUCACCGCCAUCACUUGGUGCACGCUCCUCUUCUCCCUCGCCGCCGUCUUCCUGGUCAUCGAAGUCUUCGCCCUUCUCGCGCUGCAGUUCUGCGACGGCGAGGACCUCAUGGCCUUGUACUGGGCGACGUGGACGAUGCUGCAGCUCGGGUCCGAGAUCGCGAUUCUCGGCGUCGUGCUGGCGCUCUGGCACCAUCUCAGCAACGUCCGGCUUCCCUUGUGGGCUCUCGCGCUGGGCACCCCGGUCCUAGUCGUCGCUGGGUUCGGACAUGUAAUCCAGAUCGCGCUGCGGAUGGUCUUCAAGCGGGCGCGGGCGCGGCGACGGACCCGACGAGACGCCGAGGCGGGCGGUGGUGCUGGUGCUGGCGAGGUGGAAGAGGAGGAGGAGGAGGAGAAGCGGGAAGACGUCGACACUCUCUCUCCAACUACCCACAAGCCAGACCAGGACCAAAGCGACGACGACGACCUGGAAAACGGCCUCUGCCUGUACCUCGCGAUGGACGUGGGCGACGACGAACGCGUCAGGAAGUGGCCGUGCUUCGUCGGGCUAGCAGAUGGCAAAUCUAUUGUUCGCUUAACUGCGUAUACCGGGAGUCUUCCGAGUCCAGGUUAG